CAGAGGCACUAGGCAUUACAGUAAUGGUGAUGGAGCGGCUGGCGGACUUCGUCAGCAAGUCUUUGGAAGGUGGUGAAGCACCUGCUCCUCGGGACGUGGACUACGAUGAUGGGGACGAGGAGGUGGAUAUCACUGCUCUUGAAGAGAAAGCGCCGCCGGCAAAGAGACCGAGGAAUUGGCUAGUAUCACCCCUUCCCGCACAGCAUUAUAAACGGGAGGAAGAUGAUGAUGAAAACAAGCACGAUAUUACUGAGAAAUCAAACUGUGGAGUUGGAAACGUCGGUGGUAAACAAAGGCGGUCCCGCACAAACUUCACACUAGAACAAUUGGGUGAGUUGGAGAGACUGUUCGAUGAAACGCACUAUCCUGAUGCUUUCAUGAGAGAAGAACUCAGCCAAAGGUUGGGACUGAGUGAAGCCCGCGUUCAGGUGUGGUUUCAAAACCGAAGAGCGAAAUGCCGUAAACACGAAAGUCAAAUGCACAAAGGUCUUCUAGUCAGUGGAAGUGGCACUCCACUCGAGCCAUGCCGCGUGGCGCCUUACGUAGCCGUACCGCGGCUUGGAUCCGUCCCCGGUGGACAAAGACCGCCACCGCCUCCGAUACAACUCGCACCACACCCUUCACCCACGGCUUUCGCGCCAUUCGAUUCGGCUCUUUUAUCAGCUGCAGCACACCAGUAUGCAACUGCAGCAGCAGCAGCAGCCGCCGCAGCAUUGUGUCCGCCAUACGCAGGAUUUGCAGCACUUGCAGCGCGAUGUAGAUCCUCCUCAAUCGCUGACCUGCGUCUUAAGGCAAGGCGACACGCGGCCGCACUCGCUGCUGCUCGUGACUCUACCCCACCACCUUCAACCCCAACGCCUGCUGCUGCUCAUUCUCCCACUGAUACAUAGCCCACAGCUUGUAACUGAAGAUACAACCAUUCCAAAUAAGAAAUGAGCGGUGCCCUGUUCUUAAUUUUUAAGUAAAUAUAAAUUGUAUCUUU